GUGCUGAGGUCCCACAACGAGGCUUGGAUGUAGGCGGAUCAAUUGUGCUGAGGUCCCACAACGAGGCUUGGUUGCAGGAAGGAGCUUGGUACACAGUGUGGGAGAUCCAAUGAGGACUGAGAACUGAUAUCUCUGCUGGACUAUAGAGAGGAGCCCCGGGGACAGGUCACAGCGCCCCCCUAUGAUGGAUCAGGACAUUCUGUCUGUGCGCUCGGCCGUCUAUGGUGCCCUCGCCGACCUGUCCAAGAUCUCUGAUGGAGAUAGAUUGGUGGAAGUUCUGACCGGCAUCAAAUGUUUCCUUGGGAAGGGUGAGAAUGCGGCGACCGCGCAGGAGACGGGCGAGUUUCAUAGAACGCACUACACUCCUUUUCUUAGGGUUUUGGUGACAAAAAUGGGUCCCCAGUGGUUGGAUCUUCUGACUUCUGAACAUUUAGAUCUUUGGGACAGUUUCUUCCUGGAGGGUCCUGCGGACCAAGCCUUCCUGGUGCUGGUGGAGAGUCUGGGGCAAACCGGGCCCUCUGCUCGCCUGGAUCACUGUGUUCACGUUCUUGAGAAAUUCUUGCAGCGCGGGGCCCUGGCGGAAGUCAUUUGGGAGGUGUGUGAGCAGCAGCUGGAAGCCACGCCAACGCCUGUCUUGCAUGAAGCCAUCUUGGCAAAAAUCUGUAACUUGCCUGACCACGUGGCCAAUUGUCUGCAGAAACAUAAUAAGUCCAUCUUUUAUCCACAAAACUACUUCCCUCGCAUCGGAAAUGCCAUCCUGAAAGUGCUGCAGAUGGUGUCUGUGUCAUUAAGAGAUGGCAAAGGCUGCUCCAUCAAUUUUGUGUCUCAGCUGCUUGGCAAAGUCUGCAUGCAAGGCCGGCAAAGGGAGCUGUUUUCAGUUCUGUUGCCACGUUUGACUGCCCUGGUCCAAUCGGAUUGCAUCUGGCAGAGGAUUUGUUGGCGACUAGUGGAGUCUGUCCCCGACAGGUGGAUGGAGCCGGUGGUGACUGGACUUGCACAAAUGGCACCUGGACCUUCUGCUCUUUCCCAGUUGCUGGGUGACCUGGUUUUGAAAAAUAAGAAGACGCAGUUCAUUGUCACCCAGAAGCUGCUGUUCCUGCAGUAUGGUCAUAAGAACGAGAUGCUGCAAACUAUUCUGGGAUAUCUGGCUUUGGAAAAUAGUCGCCGGGCAUUGUUGAUUAAGGUUUUACGGGAGCUUCUGGACGUUUGGUCAUCGGGUAGCAUGGUCAAACACUCGUCUUACCCCCAAAUGCUACAUCUCAGCCGUUGUAUCUUCAUCUGCAUAAGUCUUCUGAAUAAAGAGGAAAUGGAGGGGUGCAAACAAGAACUGCUGCAUGCUCUGACCUCCGGCACUCGCUUAUACCUGGACAGCUCUCUUCCUCCAGUCAGGUGUUUGGGAAUGGUAGUGGCUGAGUGCCUGAGCCAACAAAUCAAACAUGAAGGUCCAAGUCUUUCCUUCCAGUAUGGGGAGGAUGACGACAUCAAGGACUUGAAGUCACUACUAAACCCUCCAUGUAUUUGUCCGUCAGACCCUCCAGAUAAUGCAAAAAAUACAACUGAAAGUUCUACGGUCCCAACCUCUAAGAAGGAGGUAAAACACCCGGAGGGACAAAAAACUGAUACUGGGUCAGAAUCAGAACUGGACAGUGACGAUGACCUGACCCCAUAUGACAUGAGUGCAGACACUGAGCUGAAGAAGAACAAAACUCCAUCGUAUAUUCGCGAUUGUAUGGAAGUACUGUUAUCAGAUGAUGUGGAGAAAGUGGAAGUAACCAUGUCUUCACUGGCCAACCUGAUCCGCUCAAACUCUGCUGCCACCAAAGAGGUCAGUACAGAACUUGCCAAAAUUCUCUUGCACCUUGAUGGCUCUCCUGGAGUGGAGAAUUUUACACCGCUGAGGUUUGCAGCUAUGGUUGCUGUCAUUGUUACAGAUCCUGUGCUGGUGUCGCAGUAUCUUACUGGAGAAUUCUAUUCCUUAAACUACAGCCUGAGACAGAGAAUGGACAUUUUGGAUGCUUUGGCAUCGGCUGCUCAGGAACUUUCAGAUGCGACAACCCCAAUAAAACUGGUAGGUCCUGAAGCAAAGGCUGAAGAUAGCCUUUCAGCUAGACACCCUGUGGUGACACAUCAGAGUGAGGCACCUGUUGAUUGGAGGAAAGUUGUGGAGGAGAGGAUCGCGAGCAAGACUAAACGCUUUUCUAAGGGUCAGACAAGAGCCACCCCAACUCCAACCCCAAACAGAUUUCAUGCUGUUGCUGGCUACUUUUUCUUCCCUCUCAUCCAGAACUAUGACAGGCCCGUUGUCACAUUUAACCUCCUGGGUGAAGACCAUCUCAUCCUAGGAAGACUGGUACACACGCUGGGCAUAUUGAUGCACCUGGCACAACAUGCCACGGUGGUGUCCCAGAUGGGGAAAGCGCUGCUGGAGUUUGUUUGGGUCCUCCACUUUCAUUCUGAUCCUUUUGUCAGACAGGGUCUCCUCUUCUGUGUGUCCACCGUGCUGCUGAGUGUUCCUUGGGAAAGGCUUAUGACUGACAUGGCAGAAGAGGUCCUGGAAAUGAAAUGCUGGUUAGCAGAUAUUGCUGAGAAAGAAUCCGAUGAAGACUGCCGUCGUCUUGCUGUGAAUGGCUUAAUUCUAAUGGACAAGUUAAGAAAUAAUCUUCAGCCAGCCCCUCUUGAGUGAUCUCCAAUGUGGACUUGCUUCAGAACCCAGAAUUUGAGAGCUGCAGAAAUUACAGAGUUGCAGCUAUCGCUGCACAUGGAAAACGCCUUUGCUCGGAGAGCCAAUUCACACUUUGUUGUGUUAACAAACAUGCAUUGGGGUUGAUUUACUAAAACUCAAGAGUGCAAAAUCUGGUGCAGCUGUGCAUGGUAGCCAAUCAGCUUCUAACUUCAGCUUGUUCAAUUAAAGUGAUUUGUAAAGCUUCCAUUUCUCAUUAAAAUAACAAAGGUUAUACUUGUUGCCUGUUCUGUGCAAUGAUUUUGCACAGAGCAGCCUUUAUCCUCCUCUUCCGAGUUCCCCUGCCAACACUCCUGGUUACUCUCCCUGCUGAGUGUCCACCUAAGGAAGCGUGGUGGUGGU